AUGUCUAUGCUUGCUACAGCAUCUCCUUCUCCUCACCCUUCAUCCUUCGGCAUGCCCCGUCCAUGGGAAACCAACCGAUGUCCCGACUAUUCGCUUCGACCGAGGACCGAGAACGACAAAGUUGCACUUCCUUCAAUUCGACAGGCAUUCCCCGAAUUACAACUUCAGACCCAGCCGCCACAUGAUCUCAAUACCAAGCCGCCGUCUACAGGGCCACCCUUGGGCGCACCACCAUUGACCGCAGCAUCGCCUCAAUAUAUACACUCACCCAAUUCUAGCAAAAGAAGGAGACUAUCAAUGGAGCGUGAAGUUGAAACGGAGAGAGUCCGUCAAGUACCACGCUUGUGCUACAGUCCCGAUCGAGCUUCGCCCAGGCAGAUUUCACCACACAUACCUAUCCAAGGGGGGUCACAGGAGAAUUGGGCCGCUCCCACAAGGACAAGCCCGUUUCUGACAAACGGGUCAAAUUCUCACUCAGCCCCAAUGGAAGCCAGUGAGAGAGCAGAGUCUCGGCCGACGCUGCCCAGUCUUCCUCCACCACGUUCUUUGGAACGAGAACUACCUGUGGGCCGUGGCACAGCACCUUCAGACGGCUAUCGACCACCUCAGCAGUCGAUGUCACAUUCACGAACUCCCAUAUCUGAGCCUGGCGUCUCACCAUACCGUGAAAACGGUUAUGGGUAUCCUUACCACCACCCAACACGAUAUCAGUCACUAUCCACGGGAUCCUCUCACUCGUAUGAUCGGACACCUUUCACUCCAGGCACAUAUAAUACACCUUACCAAGAUUUUGUUCGAUUUGGAGACAUGAGCUCUGCCAGUCUCAGCGGUGAUAACAAACAACGGAAGCGAAGAGGAAACUUGCCCAAAGAGACUACAGACAAGCUCAGGGCGUGGUUCGUCGCACACCUUCAACACCCAUACCCUACCGAGGACGAGAAGCAAGAUCUCAUGCGACAGACUGGACUGCAGAUGAAUCAAAUCUCAAACUGGUUCAUCAAUGCUCGACGUCGCCAAUUGCCAGCCAUGAUCAACAACGCUCGCGCCGAAACUGACGCCAUGACGGGCGCUCGAGGCGGUGACCUAAAGGUCCUCGCCACAACAGAACGGGGUGACUUUGACCACUCCAAACGAGAGCCCGCUGGACCCUUAAGUGACGGUGAGGGCGCCACUUAUGACGAGGAACUUGAGGCGUUGAGCCAGCGAAGGCCUGGCACCAUCGGCAGGGGCAGUGUCUAA